UUGCAGCUGAAAAAUUCGGAAUCGAAAGCCCCAAAACUGGUUAUUGAUUUUUUUGGCUUAAAGUUUUGAAUUUUUUAUGGAAAUAAACAGAGCUGCGAAGGAUAUAAAGAGCUCCUUCAAGAAACUCGAUUUGAAUACCAGUAAUUCGUUGAACAAACCCGAUAAGAAUCCCAGGAAUCCCUUGAAGAAACCCCAUCUAAAUUUCAGAUCAUCUCGCGAGAAGGCAAAGCCACCAAGUUUAGUUGGGUUGUGUCUUGGAGUUAUUGGCAAGCAUUUGGAAGAUAUUAUUGAGGAUUUGGGUGAGAUUGCAGCUAGCUUUCCGGCUGAUAUUAAGAUAGCAAUUGCUGCUAUUGCCCGAAGAAGAAAGUUACUAUCAGACAAUGUUAUUACUUCUUUAGCUGACAGUUCCUGGAAAGUUCUUGAUAUUUCUGGUUCGGAUGUUUCUGACUCUGGUUUAGGGAAUGUGGCUAAAAUGUCUAAAUCUCUAAGAGCAGUGGAUAUAAGCCACUGCAACAAUAUUACUGCUGCUGGUGUUUCUGAACUCGUGCAGCACUGCCAUUCACUGGAGACAUUGAGAUGUGGAGGGUCCCUAAGGAGUGAGCACACUGCACGAAGAUGCUUGAGUGUAUUAAAACCAAGCCUGAACGAUCUGGAGGGGGAUUCCUGGGAGGAACUUGUUACUACAGAGAUUGGUCAUGGUGCACAGUCAUUACGAUGGCUUGUGUGGCCGAAGAUUGAUAGCGAUUCAUUGGAGAUGUUGUCCACAGAAUGUCCACGCAUUAUUGUAAAUCCCAAGCCAUCACCAUUUGGCGUCAGAGGAUUUGAGUUACCGCAGGAAGCAUAUCCAGACAUUGUGUUGGAUGAGCCAUAUCUGAAGGACAUUGAUCCCAUAACAUGGGCAGUACGUGGACUUGUACCAAGGGUGGCGACUCCUGUGUCAAACCCCAACGAGUUGUCUGUGGCUGAAAAGUUUAGACUUGCCUUUGUGGAAAGGGACACACGUCUGGCACCAAAACGAGCUAAGAACGCAAGACAACAUCAACGGCGUGCUGAGAAAGAGUGGAUGAUGGAAAACACAAGUGCCAAGGCCAUAGCUCUGGCUUCGAAAUAUAGCAAAUAUCUUAACAGCCGGAAGUAGAAUUUGGAGCCUGUAAUCUUGGUGCAUGUUUAAAGAGCAAUUGUGUGCUUGGACCCUGUAUAGUAUUAGUAUAACAGGCUUGUAUAGCAAAAAAUUUGAGGCUUCGAAGCGACAACUUUAUUGCUUUCUAAAGUUUUUGUAGAAGUAUGGAAUAUUAAAUGUUAAAAAGAACAUAAUUUUAAUAAAUGCUGCAUACAAUAUUUUGAGUAUAAA